AGUGUAAACUUCUUAUUUCUCCGCCGGCGAAAAAAAAACAUUAUCAUUUCUCAUUUUCUCUCUCAAAAAAAAAAAAAAACAUCAUAGGUAGCGUGAAACUCGUUCGGUUCCUCGUACUCUCUUUCUCUCUGUCUGUGUCUUUGUUCUUCGUGAAUUCCUUUGUUUGUGUUUUUUGUUCUCAUUUUUAUGGAUGUGAUGGUGGGACCCACUUUCUCCAUCGACGUUCCAUCAUCACCGCCGUUCGCCGGAGCGGGGAACCGUCCGUCUGGGAACGUGUUUUUCUCCGGUGACUCACCGGAGAGUUCUUCAUCGAUCGGAACACCGGAUGAUAGUGACAUCGAAAACGAUAAUGUUUCACCGAAGAGAAACCGUGAUGAAGAUGAUGAUGAUGAAGUUCAGAGCAAGUUUAAGGGUUUGAAUUCUCUUGAUUCCUUAGAAGACUCUCUUCCCAUCAAGAAGGGAUUAUCGAAUCAUUUUAUAGGAAAAUCAAAGUCAUUUUCGGAUCUAUCUCAAGUGACAACUGUGACUGAACUAAAGAAGCAAGAGAAUCCAUUCAACAAGAGGAGAAGGCUUUUAAUUGCAUCAAAGUUAUCAAGGAAAUCUUUUUAUUCUUGUUUCAAUCCAAAAUCAAUGCCUCUUUUGUCUGUGAAUGAGGAUGAUGAUGAAGAUCAAGGAGGAGAGAAAGAAGUCACAACAAAAGGAUCACCAUCAUCUUCAUCUUCUUCAAUGGAGGAAAAGAAGAAUCCACAAGAAGAAGUGAUGAUGAGACAGUUUAAUAAUAGAAUGCCUCAAUCUUAUGCUAAUCAUAUGAGGCUUAGAUUAGGCAGCUUUAAGUCUAGGAGCUUUUCUCUUGCAGAUCUACAAGAACAUGAUGAGGUGGAGGAAGAUGAUGAUGAGGACAAUGAUGAACAACAUUUGGAUUAAAAGUACAAGUCUGGGUGUAAUUAGUACUGAACUUUUAAUUUCAUUUUUUGUAUAGAUGGAGCUUUUAACUUUUUUUAUUUUUGUUCGUAUCAUAGAGGGAUCUUUUACUUUUUAAGGAUAUAAAAAAGUAGGCAUGUUCUAUGGUGAUGAUGGUUUCGUUUGUGAAAAUAGUUCGAUACUUUAAUGGUGACUAAUGUUGGCAUUUGGAAGUGGAAGUUUACGACCCUUGUAACGCCGAAGAUAAUGAUUUGAUCGGUGUCAAUUUGAUAAAAGCAAAAGAGAACAAAAAGAUGUGCUUCAAAAUGUAA